UGUAGUUCAGGUAUAGCCGUUUUCUUUAGCCUCCCCUCUCCCCCAUUCCCGUUCUUUUCAAAAAGACCAUUAUCCUUCUCUCUCCUCCACCAUUAUAUACAUUUCUUUCACUGUACUUAAUUCUCAGAGAGAGAGAGAGAGAGAGAGAGAGAGAGAGAAGAGACAUUGACACUUUGGCAGAACCACAAAAGCAUUGAUCAUCAUCAUCAUCAAAAAUGAGUUCUUCGGGGCAGAGCAGCAACUACGAUCUGUCGUUCAAGAUCUUGCUGAUCGGAGACUCUGCCGUUGGCAAAAGUAGUCUUCUUGUCAGCUUCAUCUCCAACUCUGUCGACGAUCUUGCUCCCACCAUUGGUGUGGAUUUUAAAAUUAAGCUGCUUACUGUUGGUGGGAAGAGAAUUAAGAUGACAAUUUGGGAUACAGCUGGACAGGAGAGGUUCAGAACAUUAACAAGUUCUUACUAUAGAAGUGCCCAAGGAAUCAUUCUCGUGUAUGAUGUGACCCGGAGAGACACCUUUACCAACUUAUCAGAUGUAUGGGCUAAAGAAGUGGAACUGUACUCAACUAAUCAGGACUGUGUCAAGGUGCUUGUUGGGAAUAAAGUUGACAGAGAAUCUGAGAGGGCUGUGAGUAGAGAAGAGGGCAUUGCUCUUGCAAAAGAUAUUGGAUGCAUGUUUCUGGAAUGUAGUGCUAAGACUAGAGAAAAUGUGGAGCGUUGCUUUCAAGAGCUAGCAUUAAAGAUAAUGGAGAUUCCUAGCCUCUUAGAAGAGGGUUCUACUGUAGCAAAGAGAAACAUUUUGAAGCAGAAACAAGAAAAUCAAGCACCUCCUAGUUGUUGCUCGUAAAAUGCAGCAAAGGGCACCUUAAUAUGAAGCUUGACUUGCCAUCAUGUAUAUGUAAACUUCCAUUUUAUUCUUCCUUACUGCUUUACUGCUGCUGUCUUGUUAUUGAGUUGCAUAUCGUUAUACCAUCACAAUGGAUAAAUUGGCACUCAAAUAACAUCUGUAUUAGCUUGUGUAAAUGUAUUUUCCUUGUUCCUUAGUCAUGUUAAAAACAGUAAUGCUUGUAUUUUCUUUUCAAAUAUAAGCUCUCUAUUAUUUUGGAUUGUGGAAUGGACUUCAUAA